GACCGGAGAUUCUCUGAACAAUAGAGUGAUUUUUGGGUGCGUGUGCGCGUGAGUGGCAGAAAAAAAAUGGAAAUAAACACGAUAGAGCCCGAUGCAAGCUAUUAAUCCUCCUCUUUAGAGAAACGUGGUAGACGAUAUAACAAUGGCCAACCAAGCUUCAGUCAAGGCUCUUAACGCCAAGAAGUCCGCUCUCAAGGGUGUUCACGGUAAAGCUGUUCGCAAGAUCCGCACCUCCACCCAUUUCCAUAUCCCCAAGACUUUGGUUUUGAACCGUGCUCCCAAGUACGCUCGUAAGUCCAUUGCUCAUGCUCCCCGUAUGGAUCAAUACCGUGUCAUCCGUCAACCUCUCAACACCGAGACCGCCAUGAAGAAGAUUGAGGAACACAACACCUUAACUUUCCUCGUUGAUGUCAAGGCCAACAAGAACCAAAUCAAGGAUGCUGUCAAGAGACUCUAUGACGUUGAGGCUGCUCAAGUCAACACUCUUAUCAGACCCGAUGGUUACAAGAAGGCUUUCGUCCGCUUAACCGCUGAUGUUGAUGCUCUUGAUGUUGCCAACAAGAUUGGUUUCAUUUAAAUUAUUCA